UUUAUAGCUAAAUAAAUACCGACAAGGAAGAAAUAUUGCAGACAUAAAGUAAUUUAGAAAUAUCUUAACAAGGACGAAGUUGUAGAUUUAUAAGAGUCGUGUAUUAAAAGGGACUGUUAUUAUGAAAAUAUGAUUGUGAAUUUCUGCAAGUAUCUAAUUUUGUAUGUUCUGUAUCUGAAGACAGCAGUGUCUUCCCAGAAUGUAAAGUUGACACCUGAAAUAGCAGAAGUUAUAGAGAAUGGCAGUCUUACAUUAACGUGCUGGUAUGAUGGUACAGAAGAAGUAACAAGUUCAAGAUGGAUUUAUUCUGCUGCAUCUACUAACCCUGUCAUAGUCCAGAUUGAUGGAAAGUGUGUUGCUGCUGGCUUUUUAAACAAUACAAAGCUAUAUGCAUGGGAAUGUCAUGGAAACAACUCAUUUUCUUUAACACUAAAGAAAGUUGAACGUCGGAAUCAUGGUGAAAAAUGGAGCUGCCGUCAAAUAAAUAUUGAAAGCAAUAGCAUAUCAAUCUAUGUGAAAGUACCAGUUAUAAAAGCUGAAAUCACUACACCUAAGAGGAAUGUAACAACAUUGUCAGAAAAUACGAAUGGAACAUUCAUAUGCAUAACAUCUCCAGCAAGACCGGCGGCAACAGUGACAUGGCUUCUAGAGAAAGGAGAAACUCAGUCGGACACUUUACAAAUUUUAAACAAUGUGACACAAUCAAACACAACAAAUAAUGAAGGGUUGAUGUAUACAACGGGAACGCUAAUGUAUGUACCAACUAGAGAAGUGAAUGGGCGGCUUUUGUACUGCAUUGCAAGCAACUUCCCUAAUCAAGAGGUAGAAUCCAGCAGGGUAUUUCUGAACAUUACUCAUUCACCUGAUGGCCCACCCCACAUUCAAGGUUUUCAAAACGACAGCAUUUACCGAGUGAUAGAGAACACUGUGGGGAAACUGUCUUGUUCUGUAAGUGGUGGUAAUCCAUUAGCAACCAUUAGCUGGAAAUGCUUUAAUGAAACAUGGAAAAUCUCGUCAGAUGGAAAAACAGUCACAGCUGAAGUAACAUGGACCGCAUCUAGGAAUCAGAUGUGUCCGUGCAUAUGCAGUGCAAUGCACAUCGAGUCUGGAAGUGAGAUUGUAGUCGUUAAUGCGGACGUAAUGUAUCCACCGUCAAGACCAACUUUAGAAGUAAGUAAUGUCACCGUUCCUUCAUCUGAAAACAUCAGAGUCAUCAGACACAAUACUUUUCUUAUAAGUUGUAACAGUUCGAGUAAUCCAAGUCCAGACUUCAAGUGGACAGUGCCAGAUGGAACAAGCAAUCCUGGGCAAAUAAUAAAUAUUGACAACGUUCAAACAAGUCAUGAGGGUCGCUACCUUUGUACAGCGGAAAAUACAAUGAAUGCUUCAAGUGGGGAUAUUGUAUCUGGUACUAAUGUCUCCUACGUGGACAUGGAAGUGUUAUAUCCACCGACAACGCCAUUAUUUCGAUAUGGAAAUGUCAGCGGUCCUCUUAUCAGUAACAUGUCUAUGGAUGCGGUUUUUGGUGAUACCUUUACUGUAGCAUGUGUUUCAAACGGACAACCCCAACCCGACUAUAGUUGGACUAACCAUACAGUUAAAAGUCAGAUGUUGACGGUUACAUCGUUGUCAAGUGAUUUUGCAAGAACAUGUACGGCAACAAAUUUAAUGAACGAAACAGUCGGAGAAAGCCGCGAGGGACAGGCGAAGGCAACAUUUUCAGUAUUUGUACUAUGUAUGUCUUUUCACUUGUACAAUAAAGCAGUCGAUCCGCCUAGCGCACCGAAAGUACAAUUUUACUACGGUGUCAAUAAUUAUAUUAAUGUAACGGACAGUAUCAAUGUAAUAGAACAAAGUUCGUUUACCUUAUCAUGUGACGCAUUGAGUAAACCAAAAUCAUCCUAUUCUUGGUACGGUCCAUUGACGUCAACAUCAUCAGUGUUAACAAUCCAAAAUAUUAAAAGAGAACAGGCAGGGAGGUUCAGUUGCCAUGCAUUUAAUAAAAUGAAACGGAGCUUUGGCAUCACGGAAAGAGGGGAAAAUAAUACGAGCGUGCACAUAAAUAUAUUAUAUAUGCCGGAUAUUGGCAGCCUUACAAAUGAAACCGUGAUUGAGGGUGCUUCUCUGAAUAAAACUUGUCCAGUUAUACGUGGUAAUCCGAGCGUUUUAACUGUUCAGUGGACAAGAGAUGGUGAUGACAGAUUAUGGCAUGAACAGCACUUAGUUAUUCAGAAAGUUUUGCGUAAUGACUCGAUGAUGUACACGUGCACAGUGAAUAAUACAAUGGAACCAACUGCAGGGGAUCUUACAGACGGACGAACAAGCAAACAUUUUCAACUCGAUGUUUUAUAUAAGUCAAGUGUAGUAGACUUCUUUGUGGAUGGAUAUCAUGGGCAAAAUCCGGUUACUAUAGACGAAAAUACAACUGUUGAAUUUAGAUGUAACAUUGACAGUAACCCAAAGUCUACUAUAACGAUAUAUUUUAUGGACCAAAUUUUGAAGACGACCACAAAUGAUGCGCUAGCACUUGUAUAUAUGAGUCAGUCUGCCGGAUGUCUUCAUGCUGGGGUAUAUGUAUGUACAGGAAUGAAUAAAUAUAAUAAUGGAGAGCCGUCUAAGAAAUAUUUCACCUUGAAUGUCAAAUGUUUCCCUCGUCCAUCACCGACAGUAAAGAUACGAGACAGAAUAUUUACUGCUGAACAAGUUCCGGUUACCUUGAGUUUCACAGCAUUAGCCUAUCCUGUACCCGAUAUAUCAGGUUACAAAUGGCGGAAAUAUAUUGGAUCUGUAUGGAGACCUCUAGCAGCCAGUGAAAAUAUUAUUAUAAAUACAUCUGGACUACAAUCAAAUCUUACAAUUCUUGAGGUCGCAGGAACAGACUAUGGGACGUAUCGUCUGGACAUUGAAAACGCCCUAGGAAUUUUUGAGCAAUUGUUUACAGUUGGGCCAGAAGAAAAGCCAUAUCCGCCGACUGACUUUGAGCAUAUCGAAGCUCUAAAUACAGAAUACUCAUUCACUGUGAGAUGGAAGCCAGGUUUAGACGGCGGACAAGCUCAGACAUUCGUCCUGAGAUACAAGAAAAUCUCAGUCCAGACAUGGGUCAAUAUCUCUAUUCCGGACAAUGACGAAGAGUUUAUGAACUAUACACUGAGUGGCUUGGCAAGUGGGUCUGAAUACGAAAUUGUGAUAUAUUCUGUCAACAAACUCGGACAAUCAGCUCCUUCAGAACUUCGCAUCAAAACAAAGGACAUUCCUUCUGACACCGCCAAGAAAACGGAACUACCAGUCACCGGUAUAAUUCUAGGAACACUUGCAGCGUUGAUACUCAUUGUGAUUUUGGUCGUGGUGUUCACCAUUAUAGUAAGGAGAAGACUGAUUACAUCAAGACUCAACAAGCGACUCACCACAACCAACCUUAUUGAAUUUGAAAAUACAGAGGACAGUAAGGAUGAAAGUAAUAAAACCUCUCAAAACGAAACUACACAAAUCUCAGAAUACGCUCCAAGUUCAAGAAAAGAAGCUGAAACUAACGUAGACUAUGAAUCAUUGAAGAAACCCGAAACAGUUUAUGAGGACAUCGAUCAUGUUACAUUCAUUAUCACUGAAGGAGAAAUUUCACAGCCACAACUGCAACAAUAUGAAGAAUUGAAUAAAGAAAAAGGAUACAUCCAUUCAUACGAGGGGCUUGAUACAGUUACUAAACGUAAGAUAGAUUUUAUAUCUAAACACAGCUGAUGUGUAGGAAUUGGACCAUUUAGUUACCUACGUGCAUUUUGUAUCUAUUGUAUCUAAUGAGUUUAGGUCUAGAUGUUGAAAAAACAAACUCAAAAGUAUAACUCGGUAGAGAUAGUGAAAAAUAUGAUGAAGAUCUGAAUUUUAUCUUUAUAACUGUGUCGAUAAUUUGAAUAUGACGCACAUUGUAAAACAAACUAACUAUCUUAUAUUAUGUUCUCCUC